UCUCUGCGGCUCUCUGACAAGUUAAAGUCUAUAAACAUGGUCACUUUGUUUUGCCAUUUCCGCUAAAGCCAAGACAGACCAAAAGUUUACCUCGGUGAACUUAUAGGCAUGGCUUAUUUACCAUUCCGCCCACUUCCUAGGUUCACUUGUUGUGUUCUCGACAUGCUUCAUGAUACUCCUGACCCACCAAACCACAAAACGCGAGCUCGUUAACCUUGUGUCUCUCUCAUAAUAAACAACGAGUUGGACAUUUACCACUCUCCGAGUCAUACCUAGCCCGAGACGGCCUACCACUUGGAUCGAAUGCGUCAUCUUGAACUUGUCAGAAUGGACCUUUCUUUAGGCCGGAGGAAAGUUUUUUUAUUUCUAUCUGCCUUAUUGACCGCUGUUGGCAUAUUUGGUGACCCGUGCAAAGUCACCCAUCAGGGCAAAGCAACGACGUACAACAUCUCAAACCCUAAGAGCAAUCCAACGUGUGAAUACAGCUGGGCUGAUUCUAAUGGCACUGUACUGGCAACUGACGGAGGUCCCAAUAAUGGAAAUAUAUCCUCAUCUGACUCCUUCCUCACGUUGCCUGGAUGCCUGAAGAAAGUUUGUGUUACAAUUGAUUGCCAUCCGAAGCACCACACAACCUGCUGCCCCACUGACUGCACUGCUGCACCAGAACCUCAAGAACGCACUGACCCCACAACCAGCAGCCCGGCUCUGGCUGUAGUCUUGACUCCAGGGGGCAUUGCAGGGACUGUGGUCGGGACUGUCGUGGUCAUUGCGGUGGUCAUUGCGGUGGUCAUUGCGGUGGUCAUUGCGGUGGUCAUUGCGUUUGAAAAGAAAAGAAAGAAAAAGGGUUUGUUCGAGCGGUUCAAGGGAGCGUGUUCUUCAAACGAACCACAAAGCGGAAGUGGAGCAGAUGGAAGACCAGAGGUUAUAGCGAUGCUAGACGUUUAGACACGUGACAAGGUUGAGUUCUAUUGGCUGUGGAAGCUGGCAGACUCUUAAUGCUGUACCAGAGUGUGCACUUUGGAGUGAUUUUGGUCCAGUAACACAGAAACGGGAUCAUGUAUAAAUCUGAAUAGGCUGAAUAUUAUAAAUCUAUAAAAAUAUGAAUAUUAUAUUAUUAUAUACUAGACAAAGUAUUAUUAUUAUUAUUAUUAUUAUUAUGAUGAUGAUGAGGCUGGUCAAGUGGAGUGAGUUACAAUGUUCAAAUGAAAACAAUACUAUAAAUCCAGUGUAGAACUGUGAUUGCUGAUCAACAUGGGAGGCAUAUGUAAUGAUGUGGAAGCUGUGGAAGCUCUUCAUGCUGCACCAGGGCGUGCACUUUGGAGUCACGUGUAUAUGAAUGAAUCUUAUUAUCGAAUUGAAUUUUGUACUCUCUUUCUCUCAAAUAUUGCAUUUAAUUUACGACUAUGGACUUAAAAAAAAUCAAUAUAUACAGUAUCUAUAAGUUAUACAAAAAUUCUACAAUUUAUUUCAAACUCUAGGCCUAUAUACUCACAUAUAUAUAUAUUUUAACAGGAUCAAGACAAUAAACCCUAUUAGAUAUAAAUGCAUGUUAUUCUCCUGUCUCUUUGAUUUCUGGAUGGAUUAUGUAUACGGUUAAGGGUUCAGCAUGGGCUGUGUUCUUGAGACAUUGGCAAGGGGGCGUUUUUUUAAUCUUCCGAUGUGGCGUGAUGAUGACUCACAGAAGGGAAUUUACUAACCACAGAAACGUCAGCAUGCGGUUCAACUCUGAUUGUUCUUUGCUUCAUAAAUAAAUUGGCUUGACUAGUAUUGCAAA